AUGCGGUUUACGCUCAUGCGCCUGAGGUUCUCGGUAGAGCGCUCAAAUCGCAGCACCAGCAAGCUACCCGCCAUACGUAGAGCAUCAUCGUCAUCAAGCAACAGCUUCCCAUUUAUGCGCCUUCCACGCCAUAUUCGAGAACUCAUCUACGAGAAGCUGUUCGAAUUGUCUACGCCCUCACGCCUCGUCGUCCGAGAUCCCACGGUCUCCCUUGGCAGCCUUCCUGACAGUAUUCUCCGCGCACUUCCCGCCAUCUGUUAUACGAGCCGCGGGAUAUACCACGAAUCAGCAUUACUCCUUCUACGCAGCCGCGAAGUCGUUCUCGAAGACGUAAACGCCAUCAGGGUCCUAUCUGGCUUCCUGCUCCAUCCUUUGAAGACUGAUCUCUGUUUUGGGGCCACCACCUUAUCGUUUAGUUCUGCGGUGUCCUGGAGACCAUGUUCAACGCACACUGCUCGGCAGCUCCUUGAGAUAUGCCCUAAUAUCCGACAUGUGAAGAUUGGAAUUACCGCAUUGACUUGCGUUGAAUAUACGAGGAAGAAUGAAGAACACUGCCGCAUACGAGCGAGGAAUGAGAUGGCUGACCAGAUCGACCUUACAUGCCUGCUGAGCUGUGAGCGCUUAGAGACGCUGACCCUAUCAUGCGAAGGCGUAAAUAUGCUUGCAGGAGAGCUGGAAAGCGCAGGGACUGCGGUAUUCGAGCCGCUGGUCGGGUGGGUGCUACAAAACAUCUGGUGGGUCGGAAAGAUCAAGUUGGUCGCGGAAUACGAAGACGCCGAUGGUGGAAUAAUCCGUAGAAGCUUUGAGAAGAGGUUGAAAGAAAAUCCCGACCAGGGGAAGCAGGAAAAUGCACGAGGGGCGGCGUCUGGGGGACCACAACGAUCCGCCGCAGACGCAUACCGACUCGCAUCAAUGCUGCGCCUUUGCGACCUCGCCCCAACCUCACCUGUAGGCCGCAGUUGGUCCACCCGCAAGGCAUCGCAGACGGCAAAGCCAGGCUCAAACGAAGCUUCGAAGCGACAAGCUAGCGGAGAAACCUCCGACCAGGCGAAAAUCGACGAUCGCGCUGUUAGCAUCGACACGGCUACGGCCACCGUGACGAUUACAAGGCGCGAUCGCGGCAAGCUCAUUUGGACCGAAGGUCCCGCAUACAAGCUAGAGCUCCCCGCGCACAGGAAGUGGGAGUUGAAUUUCGGACUCUACAUAAGAAUCAUGGAUCUGCCCCGGGAGUUACGCGAUCUAAUCUGGCUGGCCAAGCUCCGCAGUCUCGACCUUCCCCGCAGACUCAUACUCCGAGAGGCCAACUUUUAUCAUGAUGAUUCCCGCAAAGCGAACGAUCUGCGAUUCCCGCCUGUCAUUCCGGCCUUCUGCUACAUCAACCGCCAGAUCUUCGGCGAGACUUUGCCGCUCUUCCUGAGCGAGAGGGAGCUUGUGUUUGGAUCUUCAAGGGACAUAUCGAGGCUUGGAUGUCUUCUCGAGCGCAUCCCGGAUGGCGAAGGAUACCGCAGCAUUCGGUCGAUCGUCCUUGAGGAUCGCGUCCGCUGGUCCGGUCAAGUCCAGGCAGGUGUCGGUCCGUCUUGCCGAACAACUCUCACAAGAUAUGGCGAGGAUCUUUUGCAGCGGUGUACUGGACUCCACCACAUCGCUAUCGAGCGAUGCGCAUUCCGUUGCUCCCGGCUUUGCUGCAACAAGCGUAGAGGAGAAAGCCUUGGCGAUGCUUCUCGGAGUAUUAUGAAGUACCCGAAAGACAGACUUGUCCGCGAAAUGGACCUGAGUUGUUUGUUGGUGUGCAGCAAUCUGCGCACGGUCACGCUACGAUGUAUCCGAGGAGAUUGCUUCGCGAGGAAGGGCGGUUGCACGACGCAAGAGGACUUCGCCGACUGGGUCGACUGCGUUCGGGAAAUUAUCGGCAAUAAGCCGCGUGUCCGACUGGAGGUCGAGUACGUGACUUUGAAGUUAUGGAGAGGCUUGGAGACGUACAUGGGGUGGGCGAAAGACACGGAAACAAAGCCCUAG